UUCCAGUCCCGGGUAGCCAGAGCCAGUCGGAGCCAGCGCGAGCCGCCGCCGCCGCCGUCACUGCCUCUGCCAAGUCCUCUGCCCGCUACCCCCGCCAUGUCGGCUACCGCUGCCACCGUCCCGCCUGCCGCCCCGGCCGGCGAGGGUGGCCCCCCUGCACCUCCUCCAAAUCUUACCAGUAACAGGAGACUGCAGCAGACCCAGGCCCAGGUGGAUGAGGUGGUGGACAUCAUGAGGGUGAAUGUGGACAAGGUCCUGGAGCGGGACCAGAAGCUGUCGGAGCUGGAUGAUCGUGCAGAUGCCCUCCAGGCAGGGGCCUCCCAGUUUGAAACGAGUGCAGCCAAGCUCAAGCGCAAAUACUGGUGGAAAAACCUCAAGAUGAUGAUCAUCUUGGGAGUGAUCUGCGCCAUCAUCCUCAUCAUCAUCAUCGUUUACUUCAGCACUUAAAUCCCUGAGGAGUCUGCCCUGCCUAAGAAGGGCCUCUCCCCCAUCCCCAGCCGUUCCUCCACCUGUCAGCCAUAUCUUUCAGCCCCCCCCCCUUGGAUCCGUGUGUGUGUGUCCGUGUGUGUGCCCCCUGUAAAUAGCCAGCUGUUAUUUAUACAUAUAUAAUAUUAUAUAUAUUUGGUC